CCAAUUUUGAAUUGCAGUAAGAGUCCAUUUUGUUUGUACAUCGAUGAAUUUGAUGCAUUAAGUAAUGGGAAACACUGCAGGAAAAUUUACACAAUCAGGUAGAAAGAAGACAAACAAAAAUAGUCGAAAAGAGGCAAUAUGUACACCAUCAAGGUGUGAUACAAGAAGAGUCUAUGAGCAUGAAGAAAGUACUUGUACUGCAGAAGUUAUCCAGGAUCGGACUUCUAUAUCACUAUCUGUCCGCACAGUGGUCUCAUCUAAUCUAAAUGAUCCUUCGCCGUCAACAUCAUCACCGACAACAUCAUCAUCAGCUUCAUCACCAUCAACUUCAUCACCACAUGGCAGCAAUUCAGGGCAAUCUACACCACCUUCUUGGCCGCUUACACGACAACAGUCAGUUAAUGCACAGGCUGCAAUGGGUUCCUCAGCUCCGCAUUAUGAAGCAACAUCAGGAACCAUUAACUUUUGCUUACUGGCACGCAUUCUGCUUGAUGUGUGUAGUGAUGCCAUGAGAGAUCUACUGCGAUGCAAAAUCAAAGGAGGAGAAGUUAUUCUUACACAGAAAAUUUACCAGAAAAGAAACAAAUUAAACAAAUUGAAAAAUCUACAUGAUGCUCAAAAGAAAUUGAUAAUGCCUCCAAACAAUGAACUCGUAAGAUACAAUUCUCUUGAUUUCUCAUUAAUGUACACUAUAAUGAGAAAUGUCUGUCCUUCACAAAUAGAGUCAGAUUCUAGUUUGCAGGACAAAUGGGGCAAAUUUCCAGAUGCCAAUGAUUUGAGCCUUCUUGCUGCUUUAGAAAGAAUUAGGCAUUGCAGAAAUGACUUUUUUGCUCAUAAUACUUCUGCAAAAGUUAAUGACACUGAUUUCAAUGAAAUUUGGUUGCAAGUUGAAGUUGCAGUUAAGAAAAUAGACGAAAAUUUGGACCCUUCAAUUGUUGGUAUUUGUUAUAUUGAUGAGAUGAGGAAACUAAAGGAAAAUCCAAAUAUAGAUCCAAAAACAACAAGCCUUUUCCAGCAUUUGGCAAUUUUGGAAAAGCAAUUGAUAGAAGCAUAUGAAAUGACAGUUGAGACAGAUAUCAAGUUGGAAGAAUUACUUUACGAAAGAAAAAAGUGUAGGAAGACUAUUUGGGGGACCAGCAGGUCAAAGUUGCAGGUGGAUAUGUACAGACCUGAGGACCCAAAUAUUGCUCAGACAGAACACUAUUUAGCAGGGUUUGUAAAGGAAAACCAUUAUUAUGUAGAAACUAGAGUUUAUCAAGAUAUAGAAAAGUUUCUGAAGGAGAACAGAUGUGCCAUAAUUGUAGGGAAACAAGGAACAGGCAAGACAGAGAUUGCAAAUCAUUUAAUGCUGAAGAAUUUGAAAGACUUCGUAGUGCGCAAACUGAAACGUCCUCAUGAAUUUGGAAGCUUAGUGAACCCGAAAAAGAAACAAAUGUUUUUUAUUGACAAUAUUUUUGAUUGCUCUGAUAGUGAUUUGGCUGAUUGGUGGAAAAGUUUUGAUUACAUCCAAGAACUAGUUGGAUCUAAAAGUGACCAUCAGACAUCGUCAAAGAGUGCUAAUGACGAGUCUGAUACAGAUGAUGAGGGUCCAGAAUUUAUUACAUAUGUAGUCAUGACGACUAGACCGAAUGCACUCAAUGUAGCGAGAGCGCAAAUGAGGAAAAAUCACUCCUUGCUGAAAGAUUAUGUUUUAGAUAUCAGCUCUGAUCGCUUCACUUUAAGUAACAAAGAGAAACGAUUGAUCUUGGAGGCCAAAAUCAAAUAUGCAAAACAUGUAAAAAAGAUUGAAGAACAUUCCUUUUCUCCGGAAGAUUGGAGAAGUAUUUUCAAGUCCACUCCUCCAUUUGGAUAUCCCUUAUGUGCCCGAUUAUUUGCUUGUGAUAAAAUAUAUAGACGAGAUGGCCCCGAGUUUUUUUCAAAUCCCCAUCGAUAUUUGGUCAGUAGACUAAAGAAGAUAAUAGAAGAAGAUAUUUCGGGCCGCACAGGAAUGCUUUUUGUUUUAUUACUAGUUUCUGAUAUACAAAAAGUAACUCUGCAGUAUGAUGAUGAUGAGCAGUGUUGGGAAAUUCUUUCUGAUCUUGAUCUUACUCAGGAGUUAUCGCUAAAAAAGAAAGCAGUUAAGAAUUUGCCUGAGGCAGCAGCAGAACAUCUCGAGGUGUAUCUGAGAGAAUCAGAUGGUGUAUAUAAAUUCAUUCACCCUAGUGUCGGAGAAGCUGUGGAAAAUUACUUUGUAGAAAAAUAUACCAACAAAGCCAUUGAAAUAUUGCCAAUGCAUAUUUUAUUCAAGAAAAUGAACUUAGAAGAUAAAGAAGACAAAUGUUUGCCACUUUUGACACCUAAUUUGCUUGAAAGUCUGGCAGAGCGACUUUUGCGAGACAUUAUAGAAAGGAAAGGUAACAUCUGUGAGAUUUGUAAGUAUGAUGGAUUAAAAAACAAGAACUUUUCUGUUGUGUUCUUGAAACAAAUUACAAAAGAUACACACUGUUUUCAAAACAUUUUGAAGGCUGAACAUACAGAUGGAUUUCCAUUCAUUUACUGGUUCACAUUGUCUGCCCUGCAGGACACAGUUCUUGAACUUUUGAAACAUAAAAUAUUUAAAAACGUGUGUACGGACUCUGAAAUGUUUGUACAGUUUGGGUAUUCUCUGUUGGCUUCCUGUGCUUCAAUAGAAAAGAAGAACGUUACUGAAUAUAUUUUAGAUCUAUAUUCAAAUGAGGGUAUUCAAAAUUUCUGUAGAGGGAGAAAAUGUUCUGCAAUUGAUGAAACAGUUCAUAAGGAAGCAACUCCUUUGCUUGAAGCAUUUAAGUUCAAAAACGAGGAAGUUGUACGACUUUUAAUCAGAAAAAAAGCAAGAUUCUCAUCUACAAGUUGGAGCGGUUGGUCAUUCCUACAUUCAUGUUAUGAGGAGCAACAAAUAUGUUGUCUUGAAAUUCUUGAGGCGAUUCUUGCUUUCGACAAUUCGAAAUUUACAUCAGAUCAAAAGGACACAAACGAUGCUUUGAAUUAUAAUCAGAUAUUAGCCAAGUGGGAAAAGACAUUCCAUGAAGAUGUAGUGACAAACAUUGAUGAUUCAAUACGUAAACAUGGGUCUCUUGAAAGAAUUUUACUAGAUUUAGUUAAAAUUCCUAAUUUUGAAAUAACUAGUGGGUUGCUGGAUGUUUUCUUCUCGCUUUCUGAAAUCAGAAAAUUUUCUGAAAUGAAGCUCCAAAAUCCACUAAAUAUUACUGAUGAAAAUGGAAAUUCAAUCCUCCAUCUCCUAGUAAAAUUGAAAUGUUAUAUCCCUGAAACUCCCAAAGGACGCAAUUACGUAGAUAAUAGUAUUGAUCCAGUAGUCGAAAUAGUCGAUGAAGACAUGGAUGAGAAGUUAAAAAUGUACCCAGAAGAAGUAACUGGUGAAGAACAAUAUGAUGUUGUAUAUAAACAAAUGGAAAACCAAAGUGUCCUCUUACAGAUGAUUCGCAGAUUAUGUAUUAAAGGUGUGGAUAUUAAUAUGAAAAAUAAAAAGGGAGAGACACCUCUUAUGAUUGAAAUCAGCAAAUAUAAUCCAUCUCCAUCAGUAGAGAUAGUUAAAAGCCUGUUGCACUACAAAGCAAAUCCGAAUGCACAAGAUGGUGUUCAAAGAACCUGUUUACACAAACUCCUCUUUCAGAAUUAUAAGGAAAAUGCGCCAAUUGAACCUAUUCUUGAUCUUUUGAUGUACAACGGCGCAGAUAUUAAUAAAACUGACAAAUAUGGCAUUAAUCCUAUUUUUGCAGAAAUACAAAGGAAAAAACCGAGAACAACUAUUUUAAAAAUCCUAAUAGAUGCACAAAUAGAUUUGAGCAUAGUUGGUCCAUGUGGAAAAACAGCACUUCAUAUUGCUCUAUCAUCCACAUAUGAUGAAGAAAUUGCAAAGGAUGAUAUCAUUAAGACUCUUUUAACAUCAAAAAGUUUGAAUGUGCUUUCCUGUGAUGAAAAAGGAUUGUCAUCAUUUAGGAUUGCCAUGGAAGAUACAGAGUAUAAUGAUGUUUUGAAAUUGAUUGCACUUCACAACUCAUGUCCAUUCCCUCUUCAUUCUUGUAUAGUAGAAGAUGUAAAGGAAGACAUCAAGAUUCGGACUCUUAUGCAUUUGACAUCAAGUGGCGAAGAAAAGUUCAAUGUAUCAAAUAAAGAUCAAGAUGGUAGGACACUUUUAAUAACAGCUGUUCAGAGAUGUCCAAGUAUGGUUAAACUCAUUGACUUCUUACUGACCACACACAUUGACAUAAAUGCAAGGGACACUUACGGAAAAAAUGCUUUGUUUUAUUUAAUUUCAUCCGACACUGAAUUUAGCGUUCGUGAGACUGCUCUCAUCUUGCUUCUCGACAAAGGUCCAUCUGUUCAUGAAGAAACUGAAGACGGGAACUCACAAUCACCUCUCGCACUAGCAAUGCAGUUUAUAACAAGUAGAUCACACCUUUUUGAACGUUUGGAUCCUUUAGAGUUUCCAUCGCAAGAAAUGACCAAAAAAAUUACAACAGAGGUAUCCCUCGAAAAGGAUAAUACAAAAAAGAAAGAGGCACAGUUCUAUGAUUUCUUUGAUUUUAAAGUUGAAAUUGUUCAGAAAAUUCUCGAUAUUACAACAGUUAACCUAAAUUUUGCAGUUGAUGAAAAAGAACGGACGUAUCUUCACUACUGUGCAAGCUCUCGGCUAGCAGAUAAAAAAACACGUACUGUUUGCGAACAUCUUGUAAGACUUGGUUUGGAAGUUGAUAAGAAAGAUAAAGAUGGACAAACGUGCAUUGAUAUGGCUUUUAGAUACUCUGUUAAAAAUUUUGAUACACUUGUUUUCUUAUUGGAAAAGAGUAGAAAUUUGAAGGAACUUGAUAUAGAUGGAUUAUUAGAAUUCAUCAACCUUGAAAACUGCCUUUACGAUGAGCUGGUUAGAUAUUUGCAGCAGAACAUUUUUCCUUGGACUAAACCAAAACGCAACCUUUUUCAAUAUUUGGCCUCCAUCAGCUACGAUCCAAAAAGUCAAUCGAAAUCUGAACGUGAUACAGUAUUUGAUGGUCUCCUGAAUUCAUUUCCAAUAGAUCAAAAAAGCAAAACAGGAAAAAUUCCAUUGCACACUGCUAUUGAAGAAAAUGCGAGUGUUUCUUGCGUGCGAAGUUUUGUACGAGUAAGUAAAUGUUGUAUAAAUACACCUGAUUCUGACGGAAACACAGCACUCCAUUUGAUUAUAAAAUCUGAUAGAGAUGACACUGAUGUAUGCACUGUAGUUAAGAAGAUGCUGAAAUGUGAUGUUUUUGUUGAUAUCCAAAAUGAAAUGCUAGAGACGCCAAUAAUGCUUGCUGUUAAAUGCCCUAAAGAUCGUACAGGAACAAUAACUGAACUUUUAAAAGCAAAGACAGACCUGUUUCUGACAGACAGAAGAAAAUACACCAUCCUUCAUCAUUGCAUUGGAGCACCAAAGAAUGAUAUUGUCGUGAGCUCUUUACUAUCUUCGUUUAUUGAUAGUGAUCGAACGAUUCCAAUAAUAGAAAAGAACACAGACGGUUAUACACCAUUAAAUCUUGCCGCAAAAAACAAAAAAUUUAGUAGAAUAUUAUGUAUACUGAAACUAUUAGAAGUGAAACAGUGCACAGCGUAUACAGUGGACCGACAGGGAAGAACGCCACUGUUCAACACAGCGUUCUUUUUAGAGGGAGCUAGUCCAUUAGUAGUACUUGAAAGACUCUUGCGUGGGUAUAUAUUUCUCAUGCAUGGAGACUCUCCCUCAGUGACUAAUAACAAAGGAGAGACUGUAUAUGAUAUUUGUAAUCAAUAUGGCCAUAGACAUCUGGAAAACCUCUUGGAAUCUGAGAAAUCAGAGAAAAUGUUCACAAUAGUCAAACAAGCAUGGAUUGACGUAUCUUCCAGAUACCAUAUACUCAAGAAUAAUGAUAACGAUCCAAAAUUGCAGUUUACAAGUAACGUGGAGGAAAUGUUUAGAAAGCUAAUUUCUGAUUCACUGCCAUUUUUAUCACACGUUAACUUUGGUAAUAUAAAGAAUGUAGAAUUAGUAGAGGAGGAAAGUAAUCUGUCGAGUGUUCCAGAUCUAGAACAAGAGACGACUAUGAAGUGAAAUGUAACGGUAUUUGAUUUUCGUUGAAGUCCCUAUUUGAAUGUUGAAUUGAACAUUAAUCUGUUCUAGGAGAAUGGAAACUUCAGCGACCUAUUGAAGAAUAAUAUGUACUUUGCAUUUGUGUAAUACUAUUGUUCAUGUAUUUCAAAUUGAAAUUGCAAUAUUAUUUGUAUUAAUUUUUAUUUAUUCAUUUAAGUAUUGUAUAUUCAGUUUCAACUAAUUUUCGCUUAAAGCUCGAGUGAGCUCUUCUGAUCACAUUUCGUCUGUUGUCCGUCUAGCCGCCGUCUGUCUUUAAACAUUUCACACUUUUGACGUCUUCUUACGAACCAAUCUUGGGUGGAGGGGAUUCAAGUGUUUAAAAAUGAAUGGUAAUGUCCUCUUCCAAGGGUAGAUAAAUGAUCAAUUUUUUUUAAAAAGUCAUUUUUAAAUAUUUAAAUUUGUUUUACACAUUCUGUUAUUUCGUACAACAAGUUAUUAAAGUUUCUACAUAAUUUUUUUUUUCAUUUUAGAGAGAAAGAGAGAAAGAUGAGAAUUUUGGCAUAUUUUUAAAAUCUUUUUUUAAGAACUGUUGUGCCCCUAAAAUUAAAAUUGAUGUGUCAUCUUCAUUACAUGGUGAACGUACAAAUUUACUCAAAUUUGACCCCUGGGAUAAAAUUGGACCACAAUAAGGGAUUAAAGUUUUUACAGAAAUAUAUGAACAAAUUCUUGAAAAAUCUCAAAGACCAAAGCGAUGAUAAGUCAUAUUAGUAUUAGUAUAUCCACAGGUAAAAUAGAUUCUCGUUUGUUCAAAUCAUGACCCCCGGAACAAGGGUGGGGGCAAAAUUGAGAAUCAAAUGUCAACCAAGGAACAUAUCGAAAAAAAAAAUAAUUGAAAAAGCCUGUUCUGAAUGACACACAAAUUACAAUAACUAAUAUCGAAUGGAAGCUUCCUCAGGUAGUGUGGAUUUAUAUUUCUUUCCAAUCAUGAACUUCGCUGCUAAUGGGUUCACAGUGGGAGAUGGGCGUUUUACACAGGAAUAAAUAGGAAAAAGUCUGUCAAUGAAGACAAAACGGUGCCAUAUUGACUUAAGUGAGAAUAGUGUCCCAUUCCCAAGAAUGCCAGAGCUACGGCUACUCAUACUGAUAUGGAAGCAUAUAUAGGGUUUGUAGAUAUAUCCCCGGUAUGUCUGUUCAAAUCAUGAUCCCUGGGAUAAGAAUAGUGCCACAAUGGAGUAUACAUAGGAAUAAUUAUAGGAAAACCAUCUGCCAAUGAAGUAAGAGCAGGGCCAUAUUGACUAAGGUGAGCAUUGUUUCCAAUGGACCUUUUGUUUUGAUGAAGGCUAGGAAAAUGCGUACGAGUGAAAUUAAAUUGUUAUAAUACUUGACCUUUUAAAUAUGAUGAAAAUUUGUUCAACAUAUAUUCAUUACGAUGAGUCCAAUUCCUUAAGUUAACUUAUAAUGAUAAUUUGAGUCAAAACUUGAUGCACAGAAUUUGUUAUUUGUGUGUUUUUAAUGCUUGGUGUAAUUCUCAAAAUGUCAAUUGAUUAAUUCCAGACACCUCUGCCGCAAAUAAGGUAUAUUGAAACACAAUUACAUGUAUAUGUUUAUUUUGUUACAUGUCUUUUAACAAUUGAUGGCAGCUAUCAUGUUUUAUUUCAUAACGCAAUUGUUGAGUAUUUAUAAAGAUUUUUGAAAUGGGAAUAGUUUUUAUUUCGAUUAAAUUUGAGAAUACAUGCAGAAACCAGGGAAAAGACAAUUGUGUGUAUUCAUGAUUCAUGCCUUGAGAACAACAUUUAAAACUGUACUUGUUACAUUUUAAUAUGGAAUGUGUUUAAUUUUUAUACAUUGAUAAAUUAUGUCCGUUGUGAAUGUAAGUAACCUGUGAACAUUUAUCAGUUCUUUGUAUAUCAAAAC